AUGUCCGGUUUUCCACUCUACGGAUACUAUGCCAAUUGCACUGCUAACUACGGUCUGUUUGGAGCUGUCUGUAACGUGGACGGUAACAAAACCAAUCCUUCUCUCCGUUACAACGGUGAACAAACUGGGUUCCCAGCGGUAUCGUAUCAAGAGUUGAAUGGUGUAGCGUUUGCCAAUGUAUUCCCACAUCAACACGUGCCAGCCAUUAAUCAUAACUAUAAAACAGAUAACUACAUACAAAAUAGAAUAAAUUAUAUUUGGACAUCGAUUAAAAGAUUAUCAAACCAAUAUAGAUCAUUAGGUGACAAAGUAACAGAGAUAUCCAAUCAUUUCGAGAAACUUCAUCAAUUCCUCAUUGUUGAAGAACAUAGAUUGAAGAAACCACUUACCAUCGAUCAAGAUACAGUUAAAGAGGAUUUAGAUAAACAAUUGAAUGAAUUGAAAUCAAUCAUUAAUAUUAUAAACUUUAAUAAUAAAGAAGUAGAAAAUGUUGAUGAUGAUGAUCAAAUUAAAUCGAUAAUAGAAGAUACAACAGAUCUAUAUUCAAUAUCAACAAUCAAUAGUUAA